AGGCUUAUUGGUGGACUACCGUUGAAGUAGAGCAGCAACGUAUUGCCCAGGCCCGAGUAGCUCGAAUGACAAGCUGCACUACCGCUCUUGGAUAAUUACUACAAGUUCUAUUUGACUGGUAUCUGCGCAGCAAUCCUAAAGGUGUGAAUUUGGAUCUAUACCUCUUCUCAUAGAUAACCCCUCUGAGGUUCGUCCAACUGCGAUGUGGGAAAGCCCUUUACCCGGGAUAAUUGACUUCUCACUCCGUACUUUGCGCCGUUGCUCAAAUUACCAACCAGUCCCUGGAGCUGGAUCCUCUGCAUGCCAUUGGGUCACACAUGUAUCCCAUGAGAACCGAUCUGAGUGAAUGGAAAUAAUUAUCACCACGGCUUGACUCUGAUAUUCCCGGCACAGAUCAUAGGCUUAUUAUCUAGUGGUGCUAGGGCAGGUGAAACUGACAUAGAAGGCUAGAACAAUCCUCAAACGUGCCGGAUAGUUGCGCUAGACGCAGGCUACAGGUGUCUAUUUUGUGCACUAACCAGCAUCGGGAGGACACGGUCCUGAAAGCACAGAAAACCUUGGAUAUACAUUGUCGUUAAUUUCCUUCCCGUUGUCCCAGAAGUUGAGAAACAUUCAGAAUGUUUAACUCAGUUGGGUUUUUCAAGGCAGUUAGUUGUCCUGAAGGGACGGGUUGCAAACUCCUAAACUGCAUGUUCGCUCAUGAAGACAAAGAAACUAGCAGUUUCAUCACCCCUAAAUCAACAAACGAGGGCGUGGUUCUGAAUGCAGAUGCUACAUAUGUGAAUGAAGAGCCUUUACCUAAAAAAAGACGCCUUGAUGCAGACGGCCAUAGCACUUUGAAGCCUGUGGAUAAAGCUAAAAGACAUGGGACAAGCCCAAAUAAUAGUAUCCCGAAUUUGGACCCGCAAAUCAACGAGAAGGAAAAAUCGUCAAAUGAGAUUCAAGGUCUAACAUCCGUAUCAAAGCCUGUCUCUCCUUCGAUCAGCCGUCACACGUCUCCGCACGGGCACCAUCGACCUCCUGUGGGCUCUCAAAAUCAGAAGCCAUCAGAUACUACAUCCAUUCCUGUUUCAACGCAGCCUAGGCAGGUAAAAAAGGAGACUUUGAAUCCCCGACACUUGUCUAAGCCUCCGGCAGCGCAUUCGACACGUGCAUCCGUUCUCGCUAAACUACAUGAAGAAAUGGUUCGACUCAACAAUCAACUUCUCGCUCUGAAGGAGCAAUCAAGAAAAGCUCUCGUUCUAUCUGAGGACGAGCUCAUAUCCCGAGCAUUAGAUGAAGAAGAGAAGGCAGCGAGAGAGUCGUCUUCUGUGUACUCAAAUGUCAUCAAGCUCCGUAUUACGAAGCUCAGGAAGAUGAAGUUGAGUGAUUGGGAAGAAGAUGUCUUAAACUAUCUACGGCCAAAGAACACGCAAGUCCUGCCCUUGAAGCCCCAACCAGAGCCUAUCUUGACUGGAUUGGAUGUUCAAGGAGAGAUCGUAAUGCUUUCCAGAUUUCUCGCAUCUCCAGAAGCACAAGCCAAAGCGGGUUAUGUUAUCGUGGCUCCUUCGAAAGAAGAUAUCAAGAAUGCCACUAAGGGGAACAUAACGGCACAAGGUUGGGAACAAUGCGAUCGCUGUAGUGGGAGAUUUCAGGUCUUUCCCGGACGACGAGAGGAUGGCCUUUUAGCAUCAGGAGGGCCCUGCACGUAUCACCAUGCACGGCUUGUUCGUCCGCCGAAAAAGAAAACUGACCAUAUUCUUGGCCAAACAGAGCCAUAUUUUCCAUGCUGCAACGAGGCGGUUGGUACUUCGGCGGGAUGUACCAAAGCCGAGUCCCAUGUCUUCAAAGUGACGGAGGUCAAGAGACUGGCUGCGAUUCUGCAAUUUGAGAAAACUCCUGCACAGCCUGACAAGGGGCUGCUGCCGCCGAUAUGCUUUGAUUGCGAGAUGGGUUACACAACUUUGGGGCUAGAGCUCAUCCGAUUAACAGCGAUCACUUGGCCAGACCAAAAGAAGGUACUUGAUGUCCUCGUUCGGCCAAUGGGAGAAGUUCUGGACCUCAAUUCGCGCUAUUCUGGCGUGCGUCCAGAACACUUUGCAAAUGCCGUCCCAUAUGGAUCUGAGCAGGCGCGAGCCCAAGCUAGCAGUGGACCGCAAUCUGUCAACUUUGUAUUGCCAAUCGUUGAGUCUCCGGCGGCUGCCAGAGCACUCUUGUUUGAACAUCUACAACCUGAUACCCCAGUAAUUGGGCACGCAAUCGACAAUGAUCUAAAUGCUUGCCGCAUCAUUCACCCAACAAUCGUUGAUACGGUUCUCCUAUAUCCGCAUCCAGGAGGUUUACCUUAUCGCUUUGGACUCAGGACUCUUUCGAAGAAAUAUCUGGACAGACACAUUCAAGCCGCCGGGGACCAGGGACAUGACUCGAUGGAGGACGCCAAAGCUACAGGUGACCUGGUCAGGGUUAAAGUACGGGAGACGUGGACGAGAUUGAAGGCCCUCGGGUAUACGAUCAAAGAUGGCGCGUUGAUAGAGCCAGAACCCAACAAAGUCAACAUCAAACCUUUUGCAGCUGGAACUGCAGCCCUGGGGAUUGGUGCAGGUUCCAAGAGGACAAGUUAUGAUCAGACCAAGGAAGCCAAAGCAUAAUAUUUUAUAAUAUGCAAAUUUACGAAUCUCACGACUUAGAAUAUAAGGGAUGAAGUAAAA